GACACCUGAGCAAUAUCUAUUUAAAUCCACCCGCUCGCGUGGUCCCGCGCUGUGGGAUUAAUAUAAUACCAGCAGUACCAGUGCAUUGAAGAACGGCGGUAACGCGCACAGACAAUGGAAUCAACGAUGCGCGACUCAUCGGAGCCAAAGGGCAGGAAUGCAGCUGCCCGCGCCGAUUCUGUGCGAUCGCUGUCGUGUUACAGCGUCGACGAGAACGUCCUCGAGGUGCUGUGGGACGAGAAGGUCGACAUGGAAGAGCUUCUCGAGUUUUCCUUCGACCACAUCGACAAGCUCGCAGAACGUAGGGGAAAGACAAUCGCAAGCCCUGAGAAGUUUCAUCUCUGGGAGUAUGUGCAGCAGAUGAAGCGCGAACAGCCCUACUGGGUGACCAAGGAGGCUGUGCCCUGGGACGAAGUAGAAGCCAAGUAUUCACUCCGCAGUCGGUCUCUGUCGUCCGGCUCCUUGCACUGUCACCUGGCGCUCUCGGGGGUUGGCCUUGCCACGCCCCCACCGUUGCUGUACUCGCUGAGGAAACCACUACCAGCAACUUCUCGUGGGACAGCCACCAAUGAGAACUCGUCGCAGCCCCCGGACCAGCACAAAUGCGAGCCGAACGAACGCUUCACACUUUCCGAGCAGUGGGACUCUGGUUCACCGCACCGGGGUCAUGUUGUUUCGGCAACACGUUUCAAGAAAAAGCCAGGCUGGCAGCGACUCCUGGGGAAGGUUUUUCAUCAGAAGCGCAAAGAUCUUUCGAAAGACGACAGCAGUGGCGAGUUCGCCUCCUUCCUCGCGGGUGUCGCCAACUCGUCCAGCCCUUGUUCGGUGAGUCAUGAAGAGGGAUCACAGGCUUCACUCAAGGGGCCUGAGAAGAAACGCCCCACAGGAUUCCUCCGACGGUCUCUGCGCAGGGUAACCACGGCUACGCGGAAACGCGAUUCGCAUGACGUUGUCAAGACCGAUGUUUAGGGCAUGCUGUAAAUGUUUUGUUCCAGUUAAUUUUAGUUUUGACGAAUUUAUCGCUUGCUCUGCGCGAAUAAAUGCUUGAUUCCCCGCUA